UCCACUCCUCUACCCACGUGUUGCCCGUGGGCCAAACGGCCCGCUACACCUGCCACGCCGGCGGCAUGCCGGAGCCCACAGUAGAGUGGCUCCACAACGGCAGGCCCCUGGAGAGGGACGGCACAGACGACCAAUCAGAGGCCUGGGUGGAGAGGGGGUUCCUCUUCGUCAGAGGGGUGAGGUAUGGCGUGAACACGGUCUGCUGCAUGGCGAGCAACAGCGCUGGCACGGCCAAUCACAGCGCUGAGCUGCUUGUCUUUGAUGCCUGUGACCUCACACUGGACCCCAACACGGCCCACAGAUACCUCUCUCUGUCUGAGGACAACAGGAAGGUGACGUGGGUUGGAGAGGACCAGUCGUAUCCGGAUCACCCAGAGAGAUUUGACUCCUGGCCCCAGGUGUUGGGUAGAGAGGCUCUGACUGGCCGCUGUUACUGGGAGGUAGAGUGGGAAGGAUGGGUUGAGAUAGGAGUGACAUACAGAGGAAUCACAAGGAGAGGACGGGGUGGUGACAGCUGGCUUGGACUGAACAACAAGUCCUGGGUUCUUUAUUGUUCUGAUGGUGGUUACUCUGCCCGGUACAACAGUACAGAGACAGUCCUCCCUCUCCCCCUCGCUGGCUCCACCAGAGUAGGAGUGUAUCUGGACCGGCCUGCUGGCUCUCUGUCCUUCUACAGAGUGUCCCCAGGUGGAGGAGGGUCCUCAGACACACUGACACACCUCCACACCUUCUGGUCCUCCUUCACCCAGGAGGACCUCCUCCCGGGGGUGGGGUUCUGGCGGUGGAAGGGGUCCUCAGUGGGGUCCUCAGCGUCUCUGAGUCGGUUGUAGAA